UUUUUCUGCUUUAACAGGUGGAUUUGCCUUUGUCUAUGAAGCACAGGAUCUUGGUAAUGGAAAGGAUUAUGCUUUAAAGAGACUUCUGUCAAAUGAAGAAGAAAAGAGCAAAGCAAUCAUUCAGGAAGUUUGCUUUAUGAAAAAGCUUUCAGGGCAUCCAAACGUUGUACAGUUUAACUCAGCAGCUUCCAUAGGGAAAGAAGAAUCUGAUACUGGACAAGGAGAAUAUCUUAUACUCACUGAACUAUGUAAAGGCCAGUUGGUUGAAUUUUUGAAGAGAGCUGAAGCAAAUAGUCCACUGCCAUGUAACACGGUGCUGAAGAUAUUCUAUCAGACCUGUCGUGGAGUGCAACAUAUGCACAAACAGAAACCACCAAUCAUUCACCGAGAUCUCAAAGUCGAAAACCUCUUGGUUAGUCAUCAAGGCACAAUCAAACUCUGUGAUUUUGGCAGUGCCACAAGUAUAGCACACUAUCCUGACUACACCUGGUCUGCACAGAAAAGAGCAAUGGUGGAAGAAGAGAUUACAAGAAACACAACCCCAAUGUACAGGACACCAGAGAUAAUAGAUCUUUAUUCCAACUAUCCAAUCAAUGAAAAACAGGAUAUAUGGGCUUUAGGUUGUAUCCUGUACCUUUUGUGCUUUAAGCAGCAUCCAUUUGAAGAUGGUGCUAAACUUGGAAUAGUAAAUGGAAAGUACUCGAUUCCUGUGAAUGAUCUCAGAUACACUGUUUUUCAUGACCUUAUUCGUAAGUAUCAUGUGUAAACUAAAUUAUUUUUU